CUCUAAAUUCCUUCUUCUCCUCUUGAUCAUUUUGCUUUCAAGUCUCAAAAACUGUUUCUCCUAAAUGAGACGUAACGGUCACAGUCACGGAGCAGUGUCGCCUUGUGCCGCGUGUAAGCUUCUCCGGCGAAAAUGUGUGGAAGACUGCGUCUUUGCUCCAUAUUUCCCGGCUAAAGAGCCUUACAAGUUUGCCAUUGUCCAUAAGAUUUUCGGUGCUAGUAAUGUCAGUAAGAUGUUGCAGGUGCUGUCGGAAAACUACCGGAGCGACGCCGUGAAUUCGAUUGUGUACGAGGCCAACGCUAGGGUGCAGGAUCCUGUGUACGGAUGUGUAGGAAUAAUAUCAUCAUUACAGAGACAACUCGAGACGCUCCAAACUCAGCUCGCUUUUGCUCAGGCCGAACUGGUUCAUAUGAAAACGCUCCACCGUAUUGACACUAAACCGCCACCCUACAUGGCGAGUGGCAUUAGUUUUCCAGCGAACAAAGACUUAUCUAAUGACGUCGACAUGGCUUUUGCGUACGAGAAUGGUGCCGGAGAGUCCCUUUGGUCGUGCUAGCUUUAGCCUCAUCUUAUCCUUUCAAUAGUUUUUAAAAAAAAUGAUAAGAUUAUAUGCUAUAUAGCCUGUAUCAUAUGAACGUGGUAAGUGUAUAACUAAAGUAAAUCAAAGUAGCAACUAAAGAAUUAAGAUUGUAAACUUUAUUUAUGUCUGCCUUCUUUUUGGGGAUUUUAUUUUCCUUAGGUAAUAUUGGGAAAGUAAAAAAGAAAAAGAGAAGAUAGAGGCAUAACGAUGUAGUAUGUCUCUUUAAAUAUUUUUUAUUAUCACUGUACUAUGUCUCUUUUAAAUAAAAUAAAUAAUGUCGCAUAUUGAUAA